UUUGGGGCCGUCGCCGCUCUUAACCCAGUCGCCGCGCCGCCGCACGCACACGCACAUGCGCUGCGCAAAACUGGAGCGAGAGCGAGGCCAAAGCGGGGAGCGCGGAGCAGAGCGCCGGCGAAGCGGGAAGCGAGAAUGAUGGACUCGCGCCGUUGGCAGUCUCCGGCUGCUGCGGCGGCGGCCGCCGAGGCCGCGGAGGAGGAUACUGGCGGCGCUGGGGGCCCGUCGAGGCGGCCGGCGCGCCGCGGGAUGCACCGCGCGUCGCCCUACGGGGGCGGCCCCCGCCGGUGGCUCCCCAGGCUCCCCGUGGCUUCGAGGAUCUUCCCCGCCAUGCCUCGCGACGGCGCCCCCGCUGACAAUAAUCUAGAGGUUCAUCGUGAAUCACUGGAUGCAAUUCCUGAAAGACAAUCCACAGAACCAAACACCAAUGCUGCAGUUGUUGGGCCAGCAAUGCAUAUGAGCAAUAAAUCCAAUCUGCUUCUGGAAGGUGACAGACAUCCAAGUCAUGGCAAUGGGCUUGCUGACAUCGAAAAUAUGAUCAACCAGAGACAUUUUACUAGGGAUGAGACAGAACAUCUAAUAGAGAUCAUGCGGUCAAGGACCCCUGAUCUUAGUUUUGAAGACCAGAGAGCUCCAGGAUCUACAUCAAAGGUUUUUGAAACCACUCCAUUUUCAACACCUGCAAAAUUGAUUGAUCCUCAGUCAUCUUGGGGUACUGAUGCCCUUCCACCAUCAAAUGUGCUUAAUAUUGGUUGUUCACCAAUUGAAAUUGCAAAAGCCUUUAUGGAAGCACAGACCUCAGCCUCUGUACAUGAGUCUCAGAAGCGGAAAUUCAGAGCUUUGAGUCAUGGAGUUGAGACUGAGAAUUCCACAUCAAAACUUUUCCGUAAAGUAGCUACUGAUUCUUCAGUACGCUGGCCUGGUUCAGUUGUCCAAGAUUAUCCCAAUUAUCUUACACCACAAAGCAAUAAAGGAAGGACUCUGCCUCAGCCUCUCUCUCGCACGCCUUAUAAUGGCUCUGUAUUUCGGAGAUCUAUUAAGAACAGUAGGCAUGGUGACACCUACAAUAACUCUUCUGGACAGUCACAAUUUUCAACUCCUUUUUCUGUUGGAAGUAAGACAAUACUAGAGGAUAAACUGGCAUCAACAAGUGGCAGUAUGGUGCAAUCACCAUCAUCUUCCAGAGGACAGAUUGAUGUUUUCGGGUCUACUACUUCCUUCUUUCCAAGAGAAGGUUCUGCUGCUAAAAAGAAUAUUGCAUUCAACCUGCAAGAGCCUGAUGGCAAAGGCACCAUAGAAAGCAGAGCAGCUUCUCGGCGUGCUUUGGCUGUAGAUAACAUCUCCAGAGGUGCUUCGGUAUCUGUUCAUCCAAAGUCAAGCGAAACAGCUUUCAAAAUACUUCAGCAUCUUGACAGAACUAUUCCCUCCCCUACAUUAAAGCCAUUAGAGCUAAGACAGACUUUAGCAAAGAGAAAUGCUUCUUCCGUUGCCACCAAUAGACAGUUUAAAGGGCCUGAUUUCAGUAUUGGUAUGGGUCAUAGACAGAGUGGCAUUAACGAGAGUGGUACAACUAAUUUGGAGACUGCAGAUGCAAAAAAGGUACCUCCAAGCAGCCCCAGUGUGGAAGAGUCAAGUCAAAAAAUUCAGAGCAGUGGCGCUAACUCAGAGGUUCCUGAAACACGCACUUCUCAGCAACCUUUGGAAUCAGACUUGACAUCCAUCUCAGCUGCUGAGGUCUCGGAUAAAAGUACUAGCAAAGGUUUCACCUUCACUUUCCCUGUUCCUAAACCCCCAAGUUCUCUCUUUGAGCCACCACCUACACCAACGCUGGCUUCACCACCAAGGACCCUACCAGUCACUAUCGAAGAUAUUCCCAAGUUCAGCUUCGGCUCAACGACAAACAAGCUCGUUUUCUCCUUCGACUCCACAAGCAGUUCUCUUGGCGCAGAUGGAUCAGUCCCAACCUUCAAAUUUGGGUCUGAUGAAAAGCGAGAGCUGUGUUUCGACAUAGCUGGCAAAGAUGCGGUUUGUUUUUGAAUUUUUGGUAGACGUCAUGCCUGUGGAUCCGAAUUCUAUCACGAUUUCUAGUUUCGAUGUUCCGAUGAAAGACAAGUUGGAACGCACUACUAUCGAGGACAAUAGCUCGGCUGGGACAUUCAAUUUUUUUUUUUUCAUAUUCAUGGUGGCUGGCACCAUCCUGCCCGUGUCAUCGUGCACCAGUCUAGCCGGUCUACGAUCCAGAUGCUUUCAUAUCUGAAUGUGAACGGAAGUCCGUAAAGCCUGAUCAUCCUUUUUGGCUCU